AUGAGUCAACAACCGGUCUUAGGAACUAUACAUCAUUUUUAUAUUUGCGUUUCUGAUUACAAAAAAAGCAUUGAAUUUUAUGAUUCUUUUCUUCCUAAACUCGGCUACAAGAUGCUUAGAAAUACCGACAAAUAUACUGGUUGGGUGAACUCAUCUUUAGGUCAAUUUGGUAUUGCACAAGCAAGAGAAGAACAUAAAGAUAUUAAGCAUACCAGAAAUGCAGUUGGAUAUCAUCAUUUGGCUUGGAAUGCUACUUCUAAAGAAGAAGUUGAUAAGUUUUAUGAACUUUUGGUUGAAAAAAAUUACAAAAUUCUGGAUGCUCCAAAGGACUAUAAUUAUGCACCUGUCUAUUACGCUGUCUUUUGGGAAGAUCCGGAUGGUUUUAAACUUGAGCUUUGUUAUGUUCCAUUUCCUUAUGAGAGUGAAAAUAAGCAAGAAUGA